GAGCCCGCAAUACUUGUAUUUUGAUAAGUGUCAUGCGUGAGAUUGCCAAUGGCGUCGAGAGUCAAAUUUAAAGAUUCCACAAGACCUUCUUGUAUUGCCAGAUAUAGGCUUUAUUUCAUUACAAGUCAUAAAAUGGGAGUUCCAGGAACAACAAACAAAUACUCUUUUCUAUUUCCAUAACCGGAUUAUUGUUUUGGCGAAAGCAAAGCCGAACUUCACACAAAGAAUCGCCGGAACAGAAAGACACAUGCUAAUAAGGUUUUAAUGAUAUGAUCCGACUACGCGCCAUGGAUCGUACGAUAUGAGCGAUCGAUUUUACUACAAUGGUUUGCGGUUAGACUGAAUACCUUCGAGCUUGUUUGACGUUUGAUCUGGACGUUGCAAGUGCCUUUACGAUGUUUUGAGAGUCUCUCAGACUCCAUCAAGAGUGUUGUGUUUAUUAUGACAGACGGGGAGGAUAAAGUGGACGGUAUUAUUGCCAGGGUUUGGUACGAGCAUGGACUAUUUUGUACUACUCACCCUAAGUUGGUGAUCUUUCUAUCGACUGUUGUGGUUCUCACUUGUAGUGCCCCUCUGUUCAUAUGGCCUGGUAUUUAUGCAACAGAGGAGGGAAGAAGCAGCAGGAUGGUCCCUGGAAACGAGACAACAUUACCAUGGUUUGCAGGGAAGCCUUUGCUCUCAGUUCUUCAGUUUGUAAUAACAGUGAAACUAAAGCCAUGGAAUGCUGGACUACAAUCAAAUGAAGUCUUGCGAGUUGCUCUCAAACCAGCUUUCUUGGUGACAAACUCCCUAAUGGAUUACCAGAAAAAUGGAAUAGGUCUACCAGACAUGUGCCUCCAUGUGGCCUCGCAUGGCGCCAUCAGGCAGAGGUCAGGGCUUAGGCUGCGAGACAGUCAGUUCCUACCAGCAGAAGGGUGUUUGCUACUCUCACCAGCAAACCUUUGGAAUAAAAGCCUAGAAAGAUUUGAAGAGGAUGAUCAUCUUGUUGAUGAUCUGUACCAGGAACAUGGUCGUCCUGCUAUCAACAUUGCUUUGAAAGAGUUCAUAUUUGGUGUUCCUCUCAAGCACACUGGGCUGCACCCACAAGUGAAAUGGAGUGGACAUGAGCACAAUAUUAGAUAUGCUGUGACACUAAUGCUGAAUCCAGAUGAACCAAGUUUUGUUGAAGGGUUGAGAAAUCAUCUAUGGAAGCAGUUCCCAGGGAUGGUUCAUGAGGAUCAUGGUUCUCAAGUUGUUCACAUCUAUUACAAGGGAGAAGGUGGAAGUUUGGUGGAGCUUGGACCCAUAAGUGUUGCGUAUUUUGUUGUGUUUUUAUAUCUGGCUUUUUCCGUUGCUAAGAUUGACAUGGUGAAGUCAAAAUGGGGUCUUGCAUUCAGUGCAGUCAUCACUGUCAUUGCUUCACUUAUCAUGGCUGCUGGCCUUUGUACCAUGUUUGGUCUGGUGCCAACCUUAAAUAGCAGUGAGAUAUUUCCAUACCUUGUUAUCAUGAUUGGAGUGGAGAAUAUACUUGUUAUUACCAAGUCUGUGGUCUCUACACCAGUUGACCUUGAUGUAAAACACCGAGUUGCACAAGGAUUGAGUAAGGAGGGCAAAUACAUGUUGAAAAAUCUUCUGUGGGAGAUUCUUGUGCUUGGCUUGGGCUACCUAACAUAUGUGCAUGCUAUUCAGGAGUUUGCCUUGUUUGCUCUUGUGGGUCUGCUAACAGAUUUUUUCCUUCAAGUGUUCAUGUUUGCCACCAUCUUAUCUAUUGAUAUCCGUCGCAUGGAGUUGUCUGAUAUACAGGGUAUUCUACUGAGACAAAGAGGCAGACUGCACAGCUCCACAACAGAAGCAACAUCCAAUGUUCAACCAGUGCAUCUUCUCCCGCCCCUCCCCCCUGCAUCUGUGAAAUCGCCAGGAACUCCUCAUCCUAGUACUGCACUGCCUCUACGCAAAUCCAAAAGACUUGAGAUAGCAUAUUUCUGGGCAAGCACAAGGAUUGUGCAAAAGGCUUUGAUGGUGUUUGCAGUCAUGUACUUCCUUUACAUGGUUUUCUUUGUCCCGUCCACACUGAGUACGGCAGAUGAGCAGGGUCCAAACCCUGAUGAUGAAUCACUCAUUGAGAAAAUGAUCCGUGAGGCUUUCCAGGACUCUGCAACGAAGGACCACGCCAUACCAGACCCUGACAGGCCACUUUCUGGCACUCAGGGUCACAAGAGCAUGCAGCAAAACCUUGACCAGAUCCCACAAUCUGCUUCCUGGACCAGCCUGUCCAAUAAACACUGGCCUCAGCUAUUAAGCUACUAUGAUAUCAGUCUUGUUGGAAGGUACAUCAGCCUUCUGCCUGCUGUACAUAUUCAUGUCAAUAUUAACACCUUGGAGCUUGCAUCAUCGGGUAACACAAGGCAGGAUCCCCCUCUAACCACGCCUAUUCCCCCAGAGCUGGUGGAGGCAGGAUCAGGUGAUGAGGCUGAAGCACUGGACCCUGAAUACUACCUGAAUGCAUUGUACUGUGUUCUGCUUGGCAUGUUGGCCAUGAUCAUACUCUUCUUCAUUUGCAAGUAUCUGAAUGACCUGCAGAUCAGCCCACGCAUUGCAGGGCGGGGUAGAAGAACCACAGGGAGUCAUGACGAGUUGACAGAGGCAGUACCCAUGCGACUGAUUGGCCAUCCCCAGAAUGUCGAGCAUGUGAUAUGUACGCUGUCUGGCAUUGUCAGCAUAUGCCUGAGUGGAGAAAUCCGAGUUUGGGACCGCUCUUCUGGGGACUGCCUUCGAGUCGUCAAUAGAAUGGGGAGAAACCCCAUCAGACCCAGACGAAGGCGGCGCCCUAGCUCAAGGGGGGCAAAGAGACCUUUUGGCUGGGACGAACAUUUCACAACAGCCCGUUAUUUUGAAAGUCUGGUGACUCAAGACGCUGAUACACAGGAAAAUCCAGAGAUGCAACCAGACCCUAGUGAUCCUAUUGGGGACCCUGUGGGAAUUCCAGUAUCCGGUGCUCACAAAAGCACAGACAUCAAGCGGAACUACAGCGGCUCCUUUGGCUCCAGCACAAGUGCUGCCUCGGGUUUUGACUUUAGUCCAUAUUGUCAAGAUAGGGGUUCCCCAGGGAUUAGUCCUUGGCCUUGGUCUAGUGAUGAGGAAAGUUCUGUGUCAGAGGGCUCAUGUAAGGAGGAGGAGACAGAUGGUGUUGAUGAAAGCAAGAUACCACCACCCUGUGGACCGUCGUCUUCUGUUUGGUGCCUGGACUGCCGUGGUGAUAUUUUGGCUACCGGGUGCAGUGAUGGCUCAGUAGAGCUUUGGAGCCUGAGCUCCGGUCGUCAGAUCUGUGUUUACUGCGAAAAUAGGCAAGGUGUCACGAGCGUUACCUUCUUACCAAACAGUCCGCAGGUAGUGGUGGCUCGGUUGGACGGCACUCUGGAUUUUCUCACUCUUAUCUCACCCACCGCCUCAAGUGUGAUGUUCUCACUGGACGCGUCCCCCGUCAAACGCACGAGCUCGCCACGCAUGUCACGUAAGCCCUUGAGCCCCGAAUCCGGGACUAGUAGCGUCAGCGGUGAUCCUCUAAAUCCCACGCAUGCGUCGCCUACGAUGUGCAGCUUGACACAUAGAGUGCGGGCUCAUCACCAGCCUGUGAGUGUGUUGGUAGCCUCGGAGGGGCGUGUUGUCACCGGAAGUCAUGACAGAACGCUAAAGGUUUUCCGUACAGACCACUGCGUGCGCAUCUUUACGCUGCACGGUCACAGAGAUGGUAUCACCGAGCUUAAGGUGGAUUCGAAUAACCCAGAUAUUGUAAUCAGCGGUGCAUCGAAUGGUGGCGUGCGCGUGUGGGAUCUGAGCACAGGCGAGUGUUUACAGCACCUGCGUGGUCAUACAUGCGCAAUUACCACCGUGGCUAGCACGCAUGCGCACCUGAUCAGCGUCAGUAUUGAUAACUCAAUGUGCGUUUGGGAGCGGUCAACGGGCAAGUGUCUCCACUACAAUCUAAGACAGAUCCCGGAUUUGUGCUCAAAUGUAGCUAUGCUGACCGAUAACCUGUUCGUCACUGGAGGGCAGGGCGUCAUCGUCGUGUGGGAUCUCUUGGCAGGGAAGCCAGUCAAGUGCGUUUCUCUGGGUAACGGUGACAGUUCGGUUUUUGUUCGUAAUGUGUUGGUCUGUGACACGGCUACAGUGGUGUGCGAGUUCGGCAAAGACUUGCGUGUUGUCACCUUUCCAUUCGUCACGAACAAGGCUGAGUGACUUCCUGGAAAAACAUCAUUUCCCAGAACUUAUGUCAAGUUAUGCUGACGUCAUGGGGUCCAUGAGACUGAGCACAGCACACGCAGGGAUACCUGUGUUUCUCCGCAUAGUGAUCGGCAAUUCUUCCCAGACUUUUAUAGGAAAUUUUAGCAACUACCCAGUCUACCUCAAGACCUCACCAUUGUAUUGGCCACAAUUUUAGGAAUUGAAUUACAGAGAAAGUUUCGGAUAGUUGCUCUUAAGCCUUGGUGGUAACAAGAAGUAUACGCCCUUUUAAGAAUGACAUUGGAAUGAUGGAGUAAAUAAGGCAAACAGAUGUCUGGUCUUCCUGGAAAUGGUAAUGCUCGUUUAGUUGAUACGCUCUUCUACACCAAACUGUAUGCACGGAAAGACCAAACUGUGACCUUGGGCACCCUUUACGUUCCGCGGUGGGACUGGCUACAACUGAGACGGAGAGGCAUGGAGACGAAUAAAAUUAUCCCGAAGAUAGUUGAAUAAGAAUGUCUUGCCGUACUAGGGAAAAUCUGCUACAGGUUAUGAGAAAACCGAGAAAUUUUAUUUUAAGCAAAACGUGUAUUUACAAUAUUAAAUACAUGUCAUAUAGUUUG